GGUAUUUCAUGAGUUUCUCCGCCAAUCCAUGGAACCCCAACCUGUUCUUCUUCUUCCCAUAUAGCUGUUGACGUUGAAGUGCCCGCCGACCAUCUUCGUCUCCGUGGUUACAACAACUUUUGGGAAAUCGAUCUUCACAACAAUCUUCACGGCUAGGUCAAGCAAGCCACUGUGAUGGGUAUAUUUAGAUCCUCCUUCUCCUUCUUAACAGGGACAGUCUUUGGGGUAUACUUGGCUCAGAACUACCAAGUUCCCAACAUCAAGAAGCUUACUGAGACUGCCAAGUUUAUGGCCGAAGAGAUUGAGGAAAAAUAUCGCAAGCCCAGGAAGCAGGAUGGAGAUGACAACAACUCUGUUUAGGGCCUGUAGGAGACAAUAUUGAAACUAGAUUAUUGUUUUUGAAUAACUGAAUACAUUUUUUUUUCCAAUUUAGAUUUGUCAGUUUGACAUGAGUUCCCCAAUCUUACCAUAAGUUCU